GCGCGUAAACGUCAAUGAUACAGUAUUGCAAAUUGUCAAAGGUGAUUUAAUUACAACCGUCAGAACGGUCCAUAUUUUCAGCGCGCAGUCCUGUCCUUCUGGAUUGUGUAGCUCCGAAGGCAAAUGGGAGUUUCCAGGAAGUAGCCAUAUUGGAAGCGCAAUCAAGCUUGUUCCACUGUGUCAGCUAGUUUACAGAGAGAGUGAGACGAGGGCAGUUUCCUUUCGCCCAGAUCGGCAUUAAAACGCAUACAUUUCGCACCAUGGCUGCUACGGACGUAGACAUAUUUUCUAAUGAAGAAAAGCGUAAUCUCAGUUUGGGUGGCCAUGUUGGUUUUGACAGCCUUCCCGAUCAGUUGGUCAGUAAAUCGGUGACACAGGGUUUCUGCUUCAAUAUCCUCUGUGUAGGGGAAACGGGUAUUGGCAAGUCGACGUUAAUGAAUACACUUUUUAACACAAUGUUUGAGAACGAGGAGGCCAGCCACUACCAGAAUGGCGUGUGUAUGCGGCCCAGAACAUAUGACCUCCAGGAGAGCAACGUCCACCUCAAGCUGACUAUUGUGGACACUGUGGGGUUCGGGGACCAGAUCAACAAAGAGGAGAGUUAUAAACCGAUAGUGGACUAUAUCGACACACAGUUUGAAAAGUACCUGCAGGAAGAGCUGAAAAUCAAGCGCUCCCUCUUCAACUACCACGACGGGAGGGUCCACAUCUGUCUGUACUUCAUUGCUCCCACGGGGCAUUCACUGAAGUCUUUGGAUUUAGUUACCAUGAAGAAACUGGACAGCAAGGUGAAUAUAAUCCCCAUCAUCGCUAAAGCCGAUACAAUCUCCAAGAGCGAGCUCCAUAAAUUCAAGAUUAAAAUCAUGAGUGAGCUGGUGAGCAACGGAGUGCAGAUCUAUCAGUUCCCCACAGAUGACCACGCAGUCACAGAGAUCAACUCCUCCAUGAAUGCUCACCUUCCCUUCGCUGUGGUGGGGAGCGUCGAGGAGGUUAAAGUGGGAAACAAAACGGUGAGGGCCAGGCAGUACCCCUGGGGAGUAGUACAAGUGGAGAACGAGAGCCACUGUGACUUUGUGAAGCUGCGUGAGAUGCUGAUCAGGGUGAACAUGGAGGAUCUGAGAGAGCAGACUCAUGCCCGCCACUACGAGCUCUACCGCCGCUGCAAACUGGAGGAGAUGGGAUUCACAGAUACAGACCCCGACUGUCAGCCGUUCAGUCUCCAGGAGACCUAUGAGGCCAAGAGGAAAGAGUUCAUGGGAGACCUGCAGAAGAAAGAGGAGGAGAUGCGACAGAUGUUUGUCAACAAAGUGAAGGAGACUGAGGCAGAGCUGAAAGAGAAGGAGAGAGAGUUACACAACAAGUUUGAGCAGCUGAAGCACAUGCACCAGGAGGAGAAGAGGAAGGUGGAGGAGAAGAGGCGAGACCUGGAGGAGGAAAUGAACGCCUUCAACCGCAGGAAAGUGGCAGCUGAGACAUUGUCCUUAGCCCAGCCACUCAAGAAGGACAAGGACAAAAAAAAGUAAUUAAUAUACGGGCCCAAGCCAACCAUGGAUUUGUCUUCCAUCAUCAUAGCGACGUCAACGUUUUAAAUGUUUUUAUACAUUCCUUCAUGACAAUGUACACAUGGACCAAAGAUGCUGAUGGGACAGGAUAUGAAGAGAUUGAGCGAGAGAGCUGACUCGCUGAAAGUGGCCAUUCCCUUCUAGGAUCAUUCAUAUUAUGAUUUGUCUUUUUUUUUUUUUUAAUACAUUUUGUUCAGUUUUUCUUUUUCUUGUUUGUGACUUACUGAUCUGUUUUGCUCACCAUCACUGGUUUUGUGACUGAAGGCACAACAAAUCAUGGACUUUCAACAUGCAAUGCUUUUUGGUACUGACAUGUAUUACCUUGUUCUCCCAUGUUGUCAGUUAAUGUAAUGUUAAUGGCUAAGCAUUUACUGGUAGACACUACCAGGUGGACUCAACUCACCACCAGCCAUACACCAGUGUUCUGCUAUCUGACGUGAGACAGUGGCCAUACACCAGUGUUCUGCUAUCUGACGUUAGACAGUGGCCAUACACCAGUGUUCUGCUAUCUGACGUUAGACAGUGGCCAUACACCAGUGUUCUGCUAGCUGACGUUAGACAGUGGCCAUACACCAGUGUUCUGCUAUCUGACGUGAGACAGUGGCCAUACACCAGUGUUCUGCUAUCUGACGUUAGACAGUGGCCAUACACCAGUGUUCCGCUAUCUACGUUAGACAGUGGCCAUACACCAGUGUUCCGCUAUCUGACGUUAGACAGUGGCCAUACACCAGUGUUCUGCUAUCUGACGUUAGACAGUGGCCAUACACCAGUGUUCCGCUAUCUGACGUUAGACAGUGGCCAUACACCAGUGUUCUGCUAUCUGACGUUAGACAGUGGCCAUACACCAGUGUUCUGCUAUCUGACGUUAGACAGUGGCCAUAC